CACGCAGUCUCACCUCAGUGAAUUCACUGAAGACUAACUCUUUUCACCCUUUAAAGUAGUGCACUACAUGUUGUGCAUUUUUUAGCUUAUAAAAACACUUUGAAACGGUACURUUUGUGUUGUGCCUGCACGCAAUUAGACGAAAAUUAAGAACAGGAUUGGACUCGGAAAACAGAGAUUUAGUUGACGAGAUGGCCGAAUUSUCAGAUGACGUCACGUUAGUGAUUUGUGGUGGUGGCAAUGGUGCGCAUGCUCUAGCAGGAAUUGSGUCAUCUCUACCCAGAGUUGAAGUCAGAGUUCUCACUCUGUACGGUGAUGAGGCGCAACGAUGGUCAAAAGCACUGRAAAACGGUGAUUUAACUAUCACACGAUUCUAUCAACGAGAAAAAUGCGACGAAAUCAAAGCAAUACCACGAUUUGUAACCGAGGAUCCUGGRAAAGCCAUUCCCGGAUGUGACAUCAUAGCAUUUGUGCUKCCAGCUGUUGCGCAUGAGCAGUACUUACARGCAAUUAAGCCAUACGUACAGCCAAAGAUGAUUCUUGUUGGACUYCCUGGAGAAGCUGGGUUUGAAUUUCAACAGAAAAUGAUUCUUGGUGACAUAGCCAAUCAGAUUACAUGCAUAAAUUACGAAUCGUUGCCAUGGGCUGCACGUCUGAAGGAGUUUGGUAGGUCAUGUGAUAUACUAGGAACUAAAUCUUGCAUGAUGGGCGCUUUGAAAAUCGGUUCAGCCACACCUAAGCAUGAUCCUCGUACCAUAGUACAAAGGCUGAUCGUCACUUACUGACAGCSACUCUGAUGUCGGUAAAUGCAUACAUCCAUACCACCAUACUGUAUGACCGAUGGGCCGACUGGGAUGGUAGACCAGUAAGYGAAAAACCKCCAUUUUAUCAUGGAAUAAGUCAAGAUGGAGCAGUGCUUUUGUCUCGUGUUUCAGAUGAAGUUAUGGCCAUUGCUAAAGCUAUUGRAAAACAAAGUCCUGAGACUGAUUUAUCGAGAACAGAGCACGUGUUUGAUUGGUACAAGAGAUGCUACAGCAGUGAAGCAGAAGACGUCACCUCUCUUUAUACCAUCAUUAAAACCAACAAGGCGUACGCAGAAUUAUUCCAUCCUGUCCGACAAACACCUGAUGGAAAAUGGCUGCCUGACUUUAGUUAUCGAUAUAUGACCGAAGACAUGCCCUAUGGCCUUGUGGUGAUCCGUGGCAUAGCUGAAAUACUAGGUGUGGCAACUCCAUACAUGGAUAAGGUGUUGACAUGGGCGCAGGAACAGAUGGGCAAAAAGUACCUUGCUAAUGGAAAAAUCCAGGGAGARAACGUGAAAGAAACACGUGCCCCUCAGAGAUACGGUUUUACUACAGUACAUGACUUGUUGAGUGUUUAGCGUUGAACCUCGUGGACGGUCAAGAAAGUACGAUAAUAAUUUGAACAUUUGUUAAAUCAUUCUGCAAAUUCUUAUCUUAAUUCUAUAAAAAAAAACAUUUUUAGCCAUUGAAACCCAAGAACAUUCCUAUAAUUUCGUGAAUUAUUGUUACCUUAUUAUUAUAGCAAUGUCAGGGAGACAUUAAAAGACGGACCACCAA